AUGAUACUCUGAUUGAAAUAGUAAAUAUGCAUGGCUCAAAGGAUUGGCCAACUAUUGCUCGUGCUAUGCCUGGUCUUAUUGCCCGCCAAUGCCGGGAUAGGUGGAAAUAUUAUCUUGAGCCUUCUGUUAAUAGAAAUGCAUGGUCAGAACAGGAGGAGAUAGCACUGAUUCGUGCUCAUCAAAUACAUGGAAACAAAUGGCUUGAACUGGCUAAACUUUUUCCAGGGAGGACCGGAAAAGCUGUAAAGAAUCACUGGAAUAAUGGUAUGAAGAGGAAAGUGAACUCGUACUUAACCAGAGGAUUGCUAGAGCAAUUCCAAAAUGUGUCUGGCGACACACCUAUCCUGGACAGCGGUGGUUCGAGUACGGUGAAGGGCAAUGAAGAUUCAUCCAAGAACAAUAAACUCUCACCCGAUUUGCAGGCAAGACCCAAACCUAAACAAGGACUAACAGAGACUGGUGAAAAUGCAACUACGCUAGGCAGAAAAGGUUCAGAUUCUGCAAGUGCCGAAGGAUUUAUUGCUCGUUCAGCUGAUGACCCGAAGAAGAUGGUUUGUCAAAUGGAUACAUCGAAGUCUCCUAUAGUAACCGACAAGAAAAUGGCUUUGUCAUCAAGCUCAGUGGAUCUUAAGGUGUGUUUUGCUGCUCCAAGUUUUUUAUCGGAACAGAAUCAAAUGAGUUCUUCGUGUCCUCGAGAAGUUCUGCCCAGCUAUGCAAACACGGUCUUGUCUCCAGCUCGUAGUUCCCAGUCUAUUGACGGACACUUUGAUGAGAUCUGCACCGGCGCUGAUAAGGAGUUAACAGAGCUACGUCAGGCAGAUAUCGCCGAUCUUCUGGACAUGUCAUAUUGCGAGAGCUUGAUGAUCAUCCCACCCGAUUCUCCACACGGUAGCAAAUGCGAACAUGGAAUGUGAUAUAAUUUGGUGAACUACGCCAGGGACUGCGCCUGCACCAGUUGAAGGAGAAGGGCAGAGUUAUGCUCCUUGGUCUUCGAAUGAUGUGUUCAGGGGAAUAGCAAUGAUGCUGUUCAUCUGCCCAGAAGGUGUCCAUUUCGUUGUGUGCUCUGUGAGGGCCUUGUUUUUCUUUCUUUUGAGUUCGAACUUCUAGUUAGCGUGGUUGUUAAUCUGCCUUGUAAAAACUGGUGAUCCCAGUGUACUCGUGUUGCCGUUUCUCUAGGAAAGUAAUGUACUGAACACAUCUGCAA